AUGUCCUGCUGCGAGGGGUCCAUCGGCUCGGAUAGAUUUCCUGGAACGGGAUGUUGCGGGAGCACCUGCGCCGGCAGCAAGGCCGGCUGCUCGGCCUCGGAGCCGAGGAUUCGCUCCUGCUUCUGCCAGCGGAACGUCGGAUGUCUGGACCGGGCCGACUGCGGGGGCUUUCGCCCCCGAGGGACGGCGGCGACCGGGGCGUGCCCCGGACCCUGCCAGUGCGCCGAGGAGGAAGCUUGGAACCGAAACGUCCCGCCGAAGCCCAACUGCGAGUGGCUGAGCAACUUCUCCGAGCUGCGCCGCCAGUGGAGCGACCACGGUCGUCGGAACACCUGCAAGUGCUGCAACUGCCGACCCUGGCCCAUCCUCAAGAAGCGCAGCUGCUGCCAGUGCAUCGGCGGCUACUGCCUCUGCCAGCCCAUGGCGCGCACCUGCAACUGCCCCCCGCCGGUGCAGGUGGACGCCAGGGCGGAGCGCGAGUGCUCCUGCGACUGCCCCUCCUCCCCGGAGUGCGCCUGCCCCCCCAGCGAGCGCCGUUUCCCCAGGACGAAGGUCAAGUGCCCGAACGCGCGCCUCUGCUGCCCCAUGCCGCGCCUGCCCCCCGGGCCCAAGUGCUGCUGCACCCGGUGCCAGCCCUGCCUGCCGCCUCCCUGCGACCCCUGCACCUCCACCAAGUGCCGGGGCAAGGUGCCCCAGGUCGCGCCCUGCAGGCCUCGGUCGCCCUGCCCGCCCAAAUCUCCCUGCCGCCCCGGAUCCCCGCCGCCCCCGGUCUGCCGGCCCCUGCCUCCCUGCGCGUCCUGUCGCAAGAUGGCACCGCCCUGCAGGAGCCCCGAGACCUCCUCGACGACCGACUCCACCAGAAGGCUCGCCAGCGGCUGCUCCGCCCCGGGUCGAGGAUCAGACGUCGUUGAAAGUCUUUCGUCUUUGAGCGAGAAGAAUUCGUGCUUAAAAUUUUCAACCGAUAGAGAAAGGCACGACGAAAGCAGAGAAUGUCCGAUAGAAGAGAUCACGGACGACGAUCCGAGCUGA